AUGCUGGGACAGCCAAAAGCUCUAGUGACUGGCGCUGGGAGACUGCUCGACGAAGAUGAGGAAUCCAUGGCAACUCAGAAGUACGCGGAACGACAGCCGCGAACUCCUGGCCCAGAGCCGGGUAGAGCUCGCCGCGGCGACGUGCGUCAGGCCUCCGAGAAGGGGUGGGGCGCCGCGGCACAGAUGGUCAAGGCCAUCGCGGAACAGCGAGGGGUGCACCACCGCGGCCAUGCGCUGCUGUACGACGUGGUGUCCACUCUCGCCGCUGAAGCCGGCGAUGAUGACAUCGACCGGCUUUUCGAACUCGCUGGCGGUCUACACACUAACUUCUAUGAGGACUGGUACGGCGCAGGCCGAGUGGAGCGCGGACUGCGCGACGUCGAAAGGUUCUUGGACAAACUGGAGCCCUUGAAUCCGUCCAUAAUCCGCUACCGGUUCCCCCCGCACGCGCGGGGAUAG